CUGUAAGCUAUACGUCUUUGUAGAGCAUCCAGAAUAUUUUAAAGUUUCUUAUCUACAUGAUGGAGAAUAUAUAAAAGAAAAAGAGUGUUUGUAUAACUUUUUUAUUAUCGAAUAUUAUCCCUAAAUGUUAUGGUGGUUGGUAUGAUAAGCUAUGAAGCAAGGUAUAGGUUGCCGGAGAUAAAACGAAGGGGUCAAUCAAAGGUAAUGGUUUCCGUGCCAGGUCAAAAAAAGCUUCCUUCAUUUUACCAGCUCCUACGCUUUUUUGUCUUCUUUUGUCUUGUCCUUGAUGGAAGCUAUUGCUUCCUCCUUGGUAGAGGCGGUCGUGUCUGGGAUGUUUCGUUCCUUGUCGGACCACUUCUCCUCCACCCACUUCAACAAAUUUGCUCGGAAGGAGAAGAUUUUAUCCGAGCUCAAGAAGUGGGAAAUUUUGCUGCUCAAAAUCAAUGCUUGCCUGGAAGAUGCUGAGGAAAAACAAUCCAAAAGCUGCUCCGUCAAACUGUGGCUACGGGAUCUAAGAGACAUUGCUUAUGCCGCCGAAGAUAUUAUCGAUGAGCUUGCCUAUGAAGCUCGGCGCCGCCAAAUGAAGGAAGACGCAGGUCCUUCUUCCUCCACCCACAAGAUGAUGAGGAAAUAUGUGUCAGCUUGCUGUGUAAAUUUUAAUCCUUCAACUCUUAAGUUCAGCACCAAAGUGGAGUCCAAAAUAAAGAAGCUUACUGCUAGACUGGAAGCGGCCGUUGCCAUAAAGAAUGAUUUGAGUUUAGAAGAGAACGAUAGAGGAAGGCGUGAAAGAGUGACAGAGAGGCUGAGAACCAGUUCACUCGUUGAACCUCGUGUCUACGGCAGGGAAAAAGAUAAAGAGGUCAUUCUUGAUAUCCUGAUGAAUGAUGCUGAUGAGGGCUUUGGUGAUAUCGCUGUGGCUUGCAUUUGGGGUAUGCCAGGAGUGGGUAAAACCACACUGGCCCAGUUGGUGUACAAUGAUAUCAAAGUUGAAAGCUCUUUCGAUUUGAAAAUCUGGGUUUGUGUCUCUGAGGAAUUUGAUGUUAUUAGGCUGACGGCGAUAAUGCUUGAAGCUGUUACUUCGGCGAGUUGGAAUUCAAAGGAUCUAAACUUACUUCAAGUAAGCCUAAAGGAGAAGUUGUCUGGGAAGAAGUUUCUUCUUGUUUUAGACGAUGUUUGGAAUGAGAACUAUGAACAAUGGGAGGCCUUAUGUAAGCCUUUUAUUGCAGGGGCAGCGGGAAGCAAAAUUCUUGUGACAACUCGAAAUGUAGAUACUGCGUCAAUAAUGGCUCCUUGUGGAACUUAUCAUCUAAGGGAACUCGCAGACAAAGAUUGUCUCUCGUUGUUCACUAGGCAUGCUCUUGGCGGUUCAGAUUUUGACGGGCACCCAAACCUAAAAACCUUCGGUGAGGAAAUAGUAAAGAAGUGCAGCGGCUUGCCAUUGGCGGCUAAGACCCUGGGAGGACUCCUUCGUACUAAAAGGAACUCUGAUGAGUGGGAAGACAUAAUGAAUAGUAAGAUUUGGCAUUUGCCUGAAAAAGGAAACAGCAUCCUUCCAGCUUUGCUAUUGAGCUAUCAUCACCUUCCUUCCCAUCUCAAGCGUUGUUUUUCUUAUUGUGCCAUAUUUCCGAAGGAUUAUGAAUUUGACAAGGAGGAGCUGAUUCGUUUGUGGAAGGCAGAGGGUUUCUUGCACCACACCAAAAGGAAGAAGCAAAUGGAAGACAUAGGAAUUGAAUAUUUUCGUGACUUAUGGUCGAGAUCUUUUUUCCAACAAUCAACUAUUAACAAAAACAGGUAUGCGAUGCAUGACCUUAUAAAUGAUCUAGCUCAAUUUGUUUCCAAAGAAAUAUGCUUCUUCAACAAUGGAGACAAAUUAAACGAUGGAGUUAAACUUGAGAGCUUUCGGCAUUUUUCAUUCCUUCGUCACCAGUAUGAUGUUUCGAAACGAUUCGAAAUGUUGUCUCAAAUGACCAGUUUAAGAACAUUGGUAGCAUUACCAAUUCAUAUGUUGCCCAUGGCAGCAAGUUCCUUUUUAACCAAUACUGUCUUACAACAGUUUGUACCAAAGUUAGGCUGCCUAAGAGUCUUGAGUCUCAAUGGUUAUUGCAUUGAUGAGCUACCGCAUAGCAUAGGUGAUUUGAUACACUUACGGUACUUGAAUUUAUCUCGAACCAGCAUCAAAUCAUUGCCUGAAUCCGUUGGAUCUCUUUUCAACUUACAAACAUUGAUACUGCAUGGGUGCAAGAACCUCACAAAGCUGCCUCGAGCUAUUGAGAAUCUGAUCGAUCUUUGUGUUCUUGAUCUUACUGAUACUGAUAGUUUAAAAGAGAUGCCGAUGCAGAUUGGUAACCUGAAAAAUCUAAAGGUCUUGUCCAAAUUCAUCGUUCGAAGGGAUAGCGGGUCUGGCAUCAAAGAAUUGAAGGGCUUGUUGCAUUUGCGAAAGGAGAUUUCCGUUAUUGGACUGGAAAAUGUGGUUGAUACUGGAGAAGCUAGGGAUUAUGUUCUAAAGGAUAAGAAUAAGCUUGAGGGGUUGCAUUUGCAAUGGGGCCAUGAAUCCUUUGAUCAUCGAAAUGGCGAAAAUGGAUUACCUGUUUUCAACAUGCUACAACCUCAUCAAGACAUUAAAAGAGUUAGAGUUGCUUGCUAUGGUGGCACAAAGUUUCCAUCUUGGUUAGGUGGUUCCUCAAUGGCUAAUAUUGCAGAUAUAAACCUCUCAAACUGUAGAAAUGUCAUGUCCCUUCCAGCACUUGGGAGACUACCCUCACUGAAGAAGCUGUCACUAACAGGCAUGAAUGGAGUCAAAAGAUUGGAUUUUGAGUUUUUUGGAGACAAUUUACCUUCUUCAAAACCUUUCCCAGUUCUGGAAGUUCUACAGUUUCAAAAUAUGUUGAAUUGGGAGUACUGGUGCUAUCCUAAUAACAGACCUGAUGAAGAAGACAGAGAAUUCCCUAAUCUGCGUGAGCUUAUGAUUCAUAAUUGUCCAAAGUUGUAUCAGAAACUACCCAGAUACCUACCUUCUCUGGUGAAACUUAAUAUCAAAGGGUGCCCUAAUAUGGCUUAUUCAGUUAUGAGCCUCCCAUCUCUUCUUGACCUAAGUAUUGAAGAUUGCAAUAAGAUGGUUCCAAGGAGCAUGGUUGACCUUACUUCUCUAACUACACUGAGAAUCAAGCGUGUGCCAGACCUUACAUGUCUUCCCAAUGUGUUUGAACAGUUUCCGGGGGCACUUAAGCAUCUUAGCCUUUCCAACUGCAUUGGAUUGACAGCCUUAUGGCAAAAAGGCAAUGAACAAGAAUUAGAGCCUAACGAGCUACAUUGCCUUACGUCUCUCGAGCAUUUGCGUAUUGAAUCAUGCUCGGAACUUGUAUCCUUUCCGGACAUAGGUUUUUGUCCUAAACUUAAACGACUUCAACUCAGAGAUUUUCCAUGGCUUAAGAACCUUCCUUGUUGGAUAAUGAAGCAGGGUGAACUUACCGAUUGCCUUAUCGAAGAUUUGGAAAUAGAAGAAUGUCCUUCUCUCACAAGCUUUCCAAGAGGGAUAUUACCUCCCACAUUGAAAAGGUUAAAAAUCCAAGAUUGCAUUUGCCUAUGUUCUCUACCUGAUGGACUGAUGCAAGCUGAUAACAGCAAAAAUACAUUUUGUCUAGAGAAUUUGGAGAUCAUCAGUUGCCCUUCUCUUGUUCGUUUUCCACAUGGUAGAUUACCAACUAGCCUUAAAAUGCUUAAGAUUUGGGAAUGCUUACAACUAGAGCCCCUUUCAGAUAGGCUACUGCCCAAUAAUGCAUCACUUGAAUACAUUGAUAUCUGGAACUGUCCAACUCUGAUAAGCUUACCAGAUUCUUUAAACAAUCUUAAGUGUCUGAUGGAGUUGAUCAUAGGCAAUUGUCAAUAUCUGAAAUACUUCCCAGAGAUUGAUUUGUCUCUCCCCAAUUUGAAAACUUUGAAUAUCAGUAAUUGUGCAAAUCUCAAGUCUCUACCUCAUCAGAUAUUAAAUCUCACUUCUCUUCUGUAUUUAACAAUUUGUAAUUGCCCAUGUAUUGUUUCUUUCCCUAAAGGGGGUUUGCCCCCUAAUCUAUUGUCACUUGAGAUUUGGGAUUGUGAACAACUCAAGGAACCAAUAUCAAAUUGGAACUUACAUACCUCAACCUCUCUUAAAGACUUGAGCAUUGUUGGUGGACCAGAUUUGGUUUCCAUUCCAGAUGAAAAGUGUUUGCUUCCCACAACUCUAGUUUCGAUAUAUAUCGCAAAACUCAAUAAUCUAGAAUCCCUUUCCAAAGGGCUUCUAAACUUGCCAUCGCUCGAAGAACUCGAAGUUGUCGAUUGUCCUAAGCUUCGAAGCUUGCCAAGGGAAGGGUUGCCUACAACACUUGGAAGACUUCGUAUCAGGAACUGCUCACUUCUAAAAGACCAAUGCUCGAGAGAGAGAGGAGAAUAUUGGCCCUUAAUAGCCUCCAUUCCUUGCGUGGAGAUACAAUCUACAGAUGGAAGCGAAUAAGAAACGUGUUACACCGAAUAUUAUUUCAGUCACUAGUGCAGUCAGUUAAGGAAAGAUAUGAAUACAAAGGUUUUGGCAGCCAACAACUCCAAUAGAACAAGAUACACUUUUAAGUCUUCACUUCCUAGCAACGAAUACUAAGGUUUGAACCUCCUUUCUUCAGUUGAAACGGAUCAAAAGGUGGCUUUUUUCAAAAACGACUUUUGGGUUCUUCUCCAUAGCAUGAAGUUGUCGAUUGUUACAAAAGCAAGAUAAGAAUACAAAGGUUUUGGCAGCCAACAACUCCAAUAGAACAAGAUACACUUUUAAGCCUUGACUUCCUAACAACAAAUACCAAGGAAAUAUAAGAAUACAAAGGUUUUGGCAGCCAACAACUCCAAUAGAACAAGAUACUCUUUUAAGCCUUCACUUCCUAGCAACGAAUACUAAGGUUUGAACCUCUUUUCUUCAGUUGAAACGGAUCAAAAGGUGGCUUUUUUCAGAAAUGACUCUUGGGUUCUUCUCCAUAGCAUGAAGUUGUCGAUUGUUACAAAAGCAGGCAAUAUAAGAAUACGAAGGUUUUGGCAGCCAACAACUCCAAUAGAACAAGAUACACUUUUAAGCCUUGACUUCCUAACAACAAAUAAUAAGGCAAGAUAAGAAUACAGAGGUUUUGGCAGCCAACAACUCCAAUAAAACAAAAUACACUUUUAAGCCGUCACUUCCUAGCAACAAAUACUAAGGAAGAUAAGAAUACAAAGGUUUUGGCAGCCAACAACUCCAAUAGAACAACAUACACUUUUAAGCCUUAACUUCCUAGCAACAAAUACUAAGGGUUGUUUGACUUGAUCUCAGACGAGUGUGGAGUGCUUCAAGUGUCAUAUUGACUUUCUUUUAAAACAGGAGAGCUUUUGGAAGCGAAAGGAGCGAAAAAUGAACCAUAAUCGUACAAAAAGAGUUGUUUCUAGGAUCCACACGGCCUAGGCCUUUCCACACGGGCUGGACACAUACCCAUGUGCCAACCUGUGUCGGUUUCGCACCUUACUUCCCAAACACACAGAAAAACACAAAUUUUAGACUUUUUGAGCAUUCUAAAGCCUAUAAAUACCAAUUAGAAGAAGAAAUAAGGGGGCCAUCAGAGAAGAUCAAAGAAAACACUCGAAGAACACUAACGGAAUCAACUCGGAAGUGGAUCUCUAUCAAGAUCAAAGAUCUCCGUUUAAUUUCUUCUAAAGUUUUUAUGAGUUUUUAUGAGUUUUUUUUUGCUUCUUGUCAUUUUUCUAACUUUGAGAUGUUUCUAUUUACGUUUAUGAACUAAUUCCCUAAAUACUUAGGUGCCUUUUGUUUAUGACUAGAAGAAACCUGUCGGGGCCAUUACUAUUUGAUAGUGAAAUUGAAAGUACUGCUCGCAAAAACUGUAGAGAAGCAAGGCAGAAUUGACAGAAUAUAGUACAUAACAAGAGGACAUUAUUAUUACUGAGGAGGUGGGUGAUAACCAAGAUAUUCAGCUACCUCCUGCAGUUGUUGCAGAUCUUGCUCAUGUUCCUCGUACUAUGUAUGAUUAUGCCAAGCCCACUCUAACAGGGGCUGAAUCGAGUAUUGUGAGACCCACCAUUGUUGUAAAUAAUUUUGAACUGAAGCUAAAUACAAUUAAAAUGAUACAACAAUAUGUUCAAUU